GAGAUGCCGCCAUCAGUGACAGUCAUGCUCUCGCGCAGCGUCCUUGCCAGUUCGCACUGGCUCCACCAGUGUUGCCUGGUUUUCUGGUUGCGUGGAAACUAAAAAAAGGCAGCACUGAGCGAGCCCUGAAGUGUAGGAGCAUUUUCCAGUGGCGCGUCGCGGUUGCCGGAGCGUCUCUCGGCGCAAGUUGAACGAGCUGCAAGAAGACCAGAUGGAAGCGAACCAAAAUAUUGACCGAAUCGGUGUGCGUGGAGCGCUCUGAUCUGCUGGAGCGUUUAAUGUGAGCAGUUGCUGAGAAACACACCAUGAAAAGGAGAGGAAAAGCGGCAAAGACGCUCAACAGCUACUGGGGAGGUUGACGUGGACUUCACCCCAUGCACCCAGGUGGUCCUUCCUGGAGCAUGCUCGUGUCCCACAAUGUCCCUACUUGCAGACUGGCUACUGCGCCACUCAGUGGUCAUGUGUUUGCUGCUGCACAGCCUGGUGCUAAUGACCUUCUGCUUCCACCAUGCUGCCACCAGUUGCUCCAAGAGCUGCUACUGCUCUGAGAGUGAGAGCGGCGGCAAGACAGUGCGCUGCAGCAAUCUGCAGCUCACAGAGAUCCCCCAGGAUAUCCCCAAUGACACACAACGCAUCUACCUGGACUUCAACCUCUUCACUACAGUCCCCACGAAUGCUUUUGCAGGUUUGCCCCACUUGGUUGAACUGGAUCUAUCACACAAUGAAUUAAGCCAGCUAGAAGCAGGGGCGUUCCGAGGCCUGGGCCCCUCACUACAGUUCCUGGACCUUUCUUCUAAUAAGUUAGUAAAUUUUAACCCUGAGGCCUUCGAGGGCCUGCGGGCUCGCGCCAAUCUAACAAACAAUCCAUGGCACUGUGACUGCAACUUACAGAUGGCUUUGCCUCGUGUGGACCUGGAGCCUGCGUCACUGACGGGCAUUGUGUGCCAGACUUCAGAUCCCGAGGAAAUAGGAGUUCAAGGACUUGCCUUCCUUUUGGAACCAGACAUAGACCUUUGUGUGGUGAUGAAGAGGACUACAGAUGUGGCCAUGCUGGUCGUCAUGUUCGGCUGGUUCACCAUGGUCAUCUCCUACCUGGUCUACUAUGUCAGGGCUAACCAAGAGGACGCCCGCAGACAUCUGGAGUAUCUCAAGUCGUUGCCCAGCAGACAGGGCAAGUCGGAGGAGUCUUCCACCAUUAGUACUGUGGUAUAGGGCUGAUGGAGCUACACACGGGACCUGAAGUUGUAACCUACACCAAGCAGGAUGCAGCUACAACCUGCCACUACACAAUCAUCAUCAGUCUCAGACAGUUUUGCCCUGAUGUUGUCACAGAGUCAAGGUGGUCAACCAGACAUAUGCUGGCAUUAGAAAACCAGGCCGAUGCAACCUAGCGCGGAUGAAUAAUUCAUCUUUCGGCGGUCCAUUAGGAGUUUUUGUCGGCUGAGUUGAUGGUCUAGUCUGCGCGGUAAGGGAAUAAAAGCAGCGGUGUGUUUUUGGUGAACUCCAAAUAUGGGAUACAAAUGGGAUUUAUCCAGUGGUGCAUGCACCUUGAUGCACCUCUUUAACGUAGCCUACAGAUAAUCCAGGAGGCAACGUCAAACAGCAACAUGAAUAGUGGGUAAAGGCAACACUAGAACGUGGAACUUUGUGUAUUGUUUUCCAUUCAAAUCCUUACAAU